CAUAAGUGGAAACAUGCACUAUUGUGGGUUAUAAUUGUAAACCUGACUUGGCUAAUGCUGACAAACUUGAGCAAUUAUAAGUUAUCCCUGCUGCCACCAAGAUUGAAAGAUGAGCAAAUAUAUUUUCAAUGUGAUCCUUUUAGUUGGUAUCGCCUUUCAACGCUGGAUAUGUGCAUCCAUUGUGGAUAUGAUUGUCCAACACGAACAAAAUGUUACUUUGUCCUGUAAUGUAAAUGCCAGCUCUACAUUGGAAUGGUUUCAGUUGAGAUCAGAAAAGAUGACUUUACUAAUAUUUGCACAAAGAGGAAAAAUUAAACAAAAAAAGUUUAUUAUUGAACAUAAUGAGGAUGCAAGCCACUAUCAGCUAAAAGAAGACAAUAUAACUAAGUUUGUAAGUCUAGCAAUAGUUAGGGUUGGAGAGCCUGACACUGGCUUUUAUUACUGUUCUACGCGAAUCAAUGGAAAUGGAAUGCAUUUUGGGACUCCUGUCAGACUCACAUUAACAGAUGCUAAACUGAGGGGCUUUUCCAAUGCAGCAGACUGCAGCACGCGUUUGAUCUGUGCUUACUCUGCAUGUGGGUUGUGUGGUAUUAUUUGUGUUUGUGUGCUUUGUUAUAAGCAAGGUUCUUCUGGACACUCUUGCAUCAGCUGUGUGAAAGCAAACUCAAAUUCUAAGGAUGCAGAAGUGCAGUAUUCCAGUCUCAGAUUUGUCAAGCAGUCCAGAGGAGUUGAUACCACAUCAGCAGAUGUGAAAUAUGCAACUGCAGCCAAUCAAAGCUCCUGAUUAUGCAAUGCACUUUAUUUAAUCUACAUCAAAUUUGCAACACAAAUCAGACAACUGGAACAACACGAAUAAAUAAUAAUUUUAAACAAAACAAGCACUUCAAACAAGAGACAAAACUAAAUUGAGUUUCAGCUCUAGAAAGCUGUCACAGAGUUUUCCCCAAAAUAUUUAAGGGCCCUUGAAUUCACAGUAUUUUAUGGUUUAUUGUCUUGCUAGUGGCUAAACUGAACUCUAGAACAAAUAACUUGUUGAAAUGUUUUGGUUUCCCAAAGAUGAAGAGAGAUGGCAAUUAUGGAUCACCACUAUGUGAAGGGAGGUUUGGCAGCCGAUCUGUAGAUAACAUUGUAUACAUCAUGGGUGUCAAACUCAUUUUGGGAUGAGGGCCGGAUGGUAAAUAAUUUUUUUAAACCUUAGUGUGCUGAUAGUUGUGUUAAUAUUAACUUAACAAACCAAUUAAUUAGUUUGUUCAGCAAGAAAACAAGAGAAACAGACAGCUCUGUGAAAACUACAUUUCAUAAGGUCACACUCAUACUGUACCUAUUAUACACAAAAUUUACAUCUGUACAAAAUCCACUGGCCUUAGGUUGAAAAGCCUUAAUUUAACUUAUUUUGCAUUAUUCCUUAAUGCCAAAAUUAUUUAUAAACCAUUCACUUUUCUUUGGAAUAUAUUUGUAAUGAGAACAGUCAUUUGGAAAAUGAAAAUGCUAGAUGGGGCAGUGUCCCAAACCAAAAAAGGGCAAAAGGGGGGUGGUACUAUUGUUAUGGUUUUAAUAAAUUUUGAAAUAUGAUGUGUUAUAUUACUAGCAUGUGAUUAUAAUGGGAAAUAUAAUAACAAAGAAGUGUGACAAUCUGCUAAAUAUUCAAUAUGAUUUACCUGCUGGCCUGAUGGAGUUUUGAAUCCAUUGCUGCGUCCCAGAACGCAUACUUCCAUACUAUAUAGUAGGCAAAAAGCACUACUUCUCUUACUCUUUGCCUACUAUAUAGUAUGGAAGUAGGCGGUUUGGAACGCAGCGCAUGUUUGCAAUGUUGAACUGCCUUUAGCAGCCUCCCUUUCCGUCUUUAUUUUGUCAAGGCUUUGGUGUUUUUGUCUACAAAGUGUGACAACAGCAAAUUUAGUGUUUAUAUUAACUUAGAUCUGAUCGGGAAGAUUAAAUCGAUUAGACAAGUAUAACGUUAAUACUAAGAAUGAGGCUAUUUUGUUGUUGUGUGCUUGCUAAGUUGUUAGCACUUUUAAAACACAAACAGCAAAUCAUUACCAGAAGAAAUACAUAAGACAAACUUCCAAAUUACUAAUACUGUUGUUUAACAACUGAUUAAAUAUAAUGAAUCUACCUGUUAAUGCAACGAACUUCGGAAACUGUCGUCUUCGCUCUCCAGGCAGAGAGUGGACACGGAGAUGCUGCGGAGCGGGCGGGAAAACACGAAGUGGAUUACCGGAAUCAGUGGAUCUUUAGCGGAGCAGUAACAAUAAAACAGCAAGAUUUUUGGGCACCGUGUUUUGUCUAUGUUCCGCGUUUUGCUGCUUUCCGCAAGUCUCUCAUAUUAAAAAUGAACUAGACGCCCGCCUGAAAGGGUUUUUAAAAUAUGUAUUUAAUAUUUAAUAAAACUGUAUAAAUCAUCAUGCGGGCUGGAUUGGACACCUUUGUGGGCACAUUUUACACAGUAAGGUUAACUCAGUGUAGUUUUGAUACGCUUUAGCUAUGAUUUGAACUAAGGUAAUAUAUGUGUUGUUUAUUUUGCUUAUUAUCAGCAGGAGUAACAGGCGUAAGAUGAUUCUAAGGGCCCAUGUACUUUUGGGGGGCCCAGAGGUCUUCUUUAUUAGCAACAGUAAUAGUAGUAAUGUAACAGAAAUAAGAAAUGCAUCUGUACCAAAAAGUUACCAAUAAAACAAAGUUAUGGCUU